AUGGACGAAUGCAAAUAUCGCUAUGAACAUGGAGUUGCUCACCCGUUCAGUGUGGCCAUCGGCCUUGUCUUGGUCUUGGGCACAGCGGUGAGCAUCAUCCCUGCCCAUGUGAAGAUCUGGUCGAAGGGCAGCUGCCAGGGGGUUUCCCCGGCCACCAUCCUCUUGACCAAUGCGGCCUACACCUGCCUUGCUUGGAACAUGAUGUUGCUGAAGUUCCCUCAGAUAAAGGCUUGCGCGUCCACGUGGUGGCUGUGCCAGGCCAACCUCCUAGCCUUCUACCAGGUUCUGGUCCAGUGGCUGCUGUUCUUCCCCCUGUACUACUGGUGCACACUCUAUUCCGAAGGGUGCAGGCGCUUCUUUCGCAAGGCAUGGCUGGGUCAAGUGGGCACGUUGGUGCUUGGCACCUUCGGCCUCAUACUCUGGUCCUCGCUUUCAGACUGUUCCUGGAGCAUCCGGCUUGUCGCAAGCAGCUUGGGGUACAUAUCUGCUUUACUGAACGGCGUGCGUCAGAUUCCGCAGAUUCGGACAUCCCUGUCGGUGAAGGGAUCCGGCAGUGUCAGCUACACCUUCUAUGGCUUGAUGGGCCUAGGAGGCAUCCUCAAUCUUUACUUUCAGAUUGAGAGCUCAAAGGAGAGAUUGACCACGGUUCUGUCGCAAGCUGUUGGCUGUGCCAUGAUCCUGGUGGUGCUGGUGCUCUGCGCAUACUACGACUGCCGCGCUGCGUGUGGCCGCCGGUGUGAGGGUGUGCAAGGGAGCAGCCUCCUUUGA